AUGUCUGUCCCUAUUUCGAAAAAGAAAAAGAAUUCAAAGUCUCUCGAUAAAGUUGACUUUCAUCAAGUUGAAAGUGCUUUGAAAGCAUUGUCAGAGAAUUGCAAACGCUCAAACGUUGAUGCCAGUAAAUCUAAACUAUGGAUUCAAAUCAACACGUUUCAACCCGUUUCAAAUGCAAAGCUUAAGGUUCCCAGCAAAAUCUUUUUGCCACAUCGAAUCGUCCCUUUAGAUAAUGUUUGCCUUAUUGUGAAGGAAAACCAACAGAAAAUACAGGACCAAGUGGAGAAAGAGAAGUUGGACGAAAUCGUUACUACAGUUCUUAGUAUUCCGCGUAUUAAGCGACGUUAUAAGACGAUAAAGGAAAAGUGUGAACUUCGAAAUGAGCACAAAUAUUUUUUUGCUGAUCAAAGAGUCAUUAAGGACGCUACUGUAUUGCUAGGAAAAGUCUUAGAGCAGAAAAAGUUAAAGUUCCUUCCUAUAUCUUUGAAGAAAGAUACAAUCCGUCAUCAAAUUGCAAAGUGUUUUCAUUCUACCCACUUCAAAUUGUCAGAAGGAACAAGCCAUAUUGUUGCUUGUGGAUUGGCUUCCCAACCAACUGAGCAUGUUCUCGAGAACGUUUUGGCUAUCAUGGAUGUUGUGUUAAAAAAAUAUAUUGCCAAAGGGUGGUACGCGAUUGACAACAUCACAUUAAAGACCUCAGAUAGUAUUGCCAUCCCUAUAUGGCAGGCAGAGACUGAUGUCGCGAAACGGAGACGCAAUGUAGUCCAUAUACAGAAUGCGGCUCCACUUACAAAAAAGCAAAAGCUGGCUCUGAAGCAGGGAAAAGCAUUAUCAUGA